GUGUCAGUCCAGCCCAGCUGAUGCAGACAUCGCCCUGCCAUGCCUACCGUCGAUGACAUUUUGGAGCAGGUGGGAGAGUUUGGCUUGUUCCAGAAGCAGACAUUUUUCCUCUUAUCGCUGAUCUCCGCUGCCUUAGCCCCCAUCUAUGUGGGCAUCGUCUUCCUGGGCUUCACCCCCGAGCACCGCUGCCGGAGCCCCGGGGUGGCUGAGCUGAGCCAGCGAUGCGGUUGGAGCCUGGCCGAGGAGCUGAACUACACGGUGCCGGGCCUGGGCGCGGCGGAUGAUGCCCACCUCCGCCAGUGCACGCAGUACGAGGUAGACUGGAACCGGAGCGACCUGGGCUGUGUGGACCCGCUGGCCAGCCUGGCCGCCAACAGGAGCCAGCUGCCGCUGCGGCCCUGUCAGCACGGCUGGGUGUAUGACGCGCCCGGCUCCUCCAUUGUCACCGAGUUUAACCUGGUGUGCUCCGACGCCUGGAAGGUGGAUCUCUUCCAGUCCUGUGUGAACUUGGGCUUCUUCCUGAGCUCCCUGGGCAUCGGCUACAUUGCGGACAGGUUUGGCCGGAAGCUGUGUCUCCUGCUGACCUCCCUGGUCACUGCCGUGUCCGGUGUGCUGACGGCGGUGGCCCCGGACUACACAUCCACGCUGCUGCUCCGUCUGCUGCAGGGUCUGGUCAGCAAGGGCAGCUGGAUGGCCGGCUACACGCUGAUCACGGAGUUCGUGGGCUCGGGCUCCCGCAGGCUGGUGGCGAUCCUGUACCAGAUGGCCUUCACGGCGGGGCUGGUGCUGCUCACCGGCGUGGCCUACGCCAUUCCGCACUGGCGCUGGCUCCAGCUGGCCGUGUCCCUGCCCACCUUCCUCUUCCCGCUCUACUACUGGUGCGUGCCCGAGUCCCCGCGGUGGCUCCUGUCGCAGAGGAGGAGCGCUCAGGCCCGGAGGACCAUGGAGCACAUCGCCCAGAAGAACGGGAAGCUGCCUCCGGCCGAUCUGAAGAUGCUCUCUCUUGAGGAGGACUCCACGGAAAAGCUGAGUCCCUCCUUCAUAGACCUGUUCCGCACGCCCAACCUGAGGAAGCAUACCUGCAUCCUGAUGUACCUGUGGUUUGCCUGCGCCGUGCUCUACCAGGGCCUCAUCAUGCACAUGGGCGCCACGGGCAGCAACCUGUACCUCGACUUCCUUUUCUCAGCGCUGGUAGAGUUCCCCGCGGCCUUCAUCAUCCUCUUCACCAUCGACCGCCUCGGCCGCAUCUACCCCAUGGCUGUGUCCAACAUGGUGGUGGGGGCAGCCAGUCUCCUCAUGGUUUUCAUCCCCCAAGAGCUGCACUGGCUGGGCAUCACCGUGGCUUGCAUUGGCCGGAUGGGGGUCACCAUUGUGUUACAAAUGAUCUGCCUGGUGAACGCAGAGCUGUACCCCACAUUCAUCAGGAACCUGGGGGUGAUGGUGUGCUCUGCCCUGAGCGACGUGGGGGGGAUCUUUACCCCCUUCCUGGUGUUCAGGCUGAUGGAGGCGUGGGAGAACUUGCCCCUCAUUUUGUUUGGUGUGCUGGGCCUGACCGCUGGAGGCAUGACGCUGCUCCUUCCCGAGACCAAGGGCAUAGCGCUGCCUGAGACCGUGGAUGAUGCCGAGAACCUUGGGAGGAAAGCCAAGGCCAAAGAGAACAAGACUUAUCUUCAGGUCCAGAUGUCCCAACAUACCGACGCCUGAAUGGUUCCGUGGGAGCCAAGCACCCAGCCAAAGAUGGUCGCGCCAGCGGGGGACUUUCCCAGAAGUCCUCCUGUUCCUGUACUCUCCCCACAACUUGCCCUUCUUCCCCGUGAAUAUCCCUUCUGAGUGUACUUUGUCUUACAUGGUCUUCUUUCUUUUAAAUCUGCCAAAUCUUUUAUCUAUGAAUCUGUUUUAGUAAGAACCAUUGGUCCUGUGGGUUCUGACCCCUUAAUUACUUAAAAUAUUGUGAAGAUGCAGUUGAAUUUAAAUAUUGCUAAUAAG